CGGGCGCCAGCGGGCAGCAGUGGAGCCAGCCAGCAGAAGCCAAGAUGCAGGACUGGGCUGCGCAGGAGCUCUGCAGCUAGAAGCUGCAAUCUAGGGAGCACCCUCACAUUUCUUUAAUACUUCUUUCUCUUAUUAAACACUUCUUUCUCCUUGGCCGCCACAAGUUGGAAGAUCAGGGUGAUUCGAAUAAUUGGCACCGAGAUUUCAUUUGUGGCCCUUAAAGAAGUUCUGAGCAAGUCAUUCAACGGCAUCCACGAGGACAGAGCUAGUUCAGCUUCUGGCUCUGCUUCAGACAGGCAGAGCCCUCUUGGAGCCAACCUGGAGCCGCAGGAGGAGGUACUGUGGAAGUGAUGGCAUUGUCCAAGUCCCGGACCGAGGUAGCAUCUCUGGGUAAGCAGAAUAUUCGUCCUCUAUUCUUGGAAUUACUACAUCAAAUUACAAUUAUUUCACACAGAGGCUGAGAACAUGGACUUUGAGGUCUGAUAGCCCCUGUGGCUCAGAGACCCUAAGUUAUAGACACCAUGAUGGAUGAUGACACUGAGUUGAGGACUGAUGGAAACUCUCUCUUAAAAGCUGUGUGGCUAGGGAGGCUUCGGUUGACCAGACUCCUCUUAGAAGGGGGAGCUUACAUCAAUGAAAGCAAUGACAAAGGAGAAACAGCUCUCAUGGUGGCAUGCAUUACCAAACACGUGGACCAGCAAAGCAUUAGCAAGUCUAAGAUGGUGAAGUAUCUGUUGGACAACAGGGCAGACCCCAAUAUCCAGGAUAAGUCUGGUAAGACUGCACUCAUCCAUGCUUGCAUCAGAAGGGCUGGGGGAGAAGUGGUGUCCUUACUGCUGGAAAAUGGAGCAGACCCCAGUCUUGAGGAUCGAACUGGGGCCUCAGCUCUGGUUUAUGCAAUAAAUGCAGAUGACAAGGAUGCACUGAAGCAUCUCCUUGAUGCCUGCAAAGCCAAAGGUAAGGAAGUGAUUAUUAUAACAACAGACAAAUCAUCUUCAGGCACCAAAACCACCAAGCAGUAUCUCAAUGUCCCUCCAUCACCCAAAGUGGAAGAUAGACAGUCACCACCACUGUGUGCAACUCCUUCUGAUGUUGAGCUGAAGACUUCUGACCUGGCUUCUCCACCCAGUGAAAAGGAUGAUGACUUCUUCAUCCUGCAGACAGGACACCAAAGUGGCUGUAAUACUUCUAAGGUCCUUAAUGAGCCUGGAUCACCCACCAGGAAAGUGUCUAGCCUCAAAAGGGCCCGUUUGCCCCAAUUGAAACGACUCCAGUCUGAACCCUGGGGCUUGAUUGCCCCUUCUGUGCUGGCUGCCGCCACACGCCAGGAUGAGACCCAUGGCACAAGCACAGACAAUGAGGUCAUCAGGAGCAUCACUGACAUGACCUUCCCUAAAAGGGGGCCCCUCUCCAGAACCAACAGCAUUGACAGUAAAGACCCUACCCUCUUCCCCACAGUCCAGGAACAAGUUCUGAAGGUUUCAGCGUCAACACCAGCUUCAUGGAAAGCAGCUUAUGAGAAAGGCCAGGCUCCCCAUCCACGCCUAGCCAGGAGAGGAACACUUCCUCUUGACCAAGAAAAGAGUGGGAUAUGUCCACAAGGACCCUCAACUCUGAAAGACCCAGCAUCUCUCAAGCUGUUGGAAAAUGACCUCUAUGACUUAGACAUACAGCCAGUGGGUGACCCACCCAACUCUAUGUCCCUUGAGUCAGGCAAAGGACCUUUAGAUAGGAAGAAGCUCAACAGCUCCCAUUUGUCUCUUUUCCAUGGCUCCCGGGAGUCCCUGGAUGCUGUACCAAGCACAUCUCCCACCUCAGUUCGCCGCCGGCCACCUCAUCUCCUAGAAAGAAGAGGUUCUGGAACUCUCUUACUCGACCGCAUUGCUCACACGAGGCCAGGCUUUCUGCCCCCUUUAAAUGUGAAUUUAAAUCCACCUAUCCCAGAUAUUAGAGCCAGCAGCAAACCAGCUUCCCCACUUGCUAGUGGCUUAAAAUCUAUGGUUCCUGUUGCUCCAAAUUCACCAAAGAGAGUUGACUUGAGAAGUAAAAAGAAACUCCUUCGAAGGCAUUCUAUGCAGAUUGAGCAGAUGAGGCAGCUGUCAGACUUUGAAGAAAUCAUGGCUUAGAACCCUUUAAAAACAGUCCCUUAACUCUUAAUCUUUAGAAUAGGGAAAGAACCUAAUCUAGAGCAACACAUCCCCAUAGCCCCCCCCUUCACCCCAAUCAUGAUGUAUGGCAACAUCAGAAAACAUAGUGACAGGGUGUAAGUUCACUUCUGAGUCAAACCCAAGGGUUAUUUGAGAGUGUCACUUCUGAGAUGAUUCCUGGGUGUUGCUGCUGUUGUUGUUGUGCAUACUAAAAAGAGCUCAGGUUCACUGGCUUUUGGAGAUGAAGUUACAGAAAUAAAGUAUAUUCCCCAAAGGGAAGAUACCUUCGUAGUUGGAAAGUAACCAUGCUGUAUGAACUCGGUUUAGUGUGAAAACCCUUUAAGCUUUUCAGAACUGUUCAGUAGUUCUCAAUAAGUAGACAUGGCCACAGGCAAAUAACAACUCUGAAUGCAUUAAAGAGAGAAUCUUAGAAAUAAUGACUGGUUUCAUCAUAACACACACACACACACACACACACACACACACCACUGCACAUUUCAAGUACACUUUAAUCUGUGAUUUAUGCCAAUUGGAAUUAACCUCUGCUAGUUGUAUCUAGCUGUGAGGGUAUGAAGAUAAUACAUUAGAAAUUUUCCUAAGCCUUUAGCUAAGAUUGGAAAGCCUCAUUUGUCCUAAGUAGUAACUGUGGUACAUUUAUAUUAGUUGACUUAGGUAAAAUACCAGAUGAGAAAUUGCUCAUUCAGAGUAGUCAGUCCAUUGCACAAAAACCUAAGAUCAGAUAUUUUCAUGCUGGUGUCAGCCAGCUGUGACCUUUCCAUCAGCCUUUCUCUAGACAGUCAUCAGGGCAGUAGCUUGUCACUUCCUGGUGAUGUAUUAGUCAAACUAGACUGUCCUCAGCUAGCACGGUGGCCAGAUUACUGCAGCACUGCUCAUGCCUAAAUAAGUAAUCUUGUCCAUGUCAACGAACUUCACAGAAAUACUUUUUAAAAAAUGUUUUAAAUCCAUACACGCUUUCUCGCCGGGUUAGCAUUUCCCUUUGGAAUCUAGUCACAUCAGCUUCAAACUACGGUUUUAAUAAUCUAUCCACUUAAGUGUCUGGACUGUUCCUAAAUAUAAUUUAGAAAGUGAGCCUGGAGCUUAAAGUCUAGCACUUUGGUUUAAUUUCUAGACAUUCCAAAGCCUUUGUUGUGUUUUAUUUUGUUUUUUGUUUGUUUGUUUUUUUUUAAGGCAAACUACUAUCGAUUCUCUUAGAACUUUGUCAGUGGAUGGUACCUUGCCUUUGCACGUUGUAUGUGACUUUAGAUGGCACCUUACACAUGCAGAUUAUAUGUGACCUUCCUGUUUUCUGUGUGUUGGUGUUUCUGAGGUAGCCUAUGCUGCCUGACCUGGUUCUCUUCAGUGCUCUGUCCUAGUCUCAAGCAGAGGAUUGUGCAGACACAUCCAAGUCUGUUUAGAUGUUUCUAAGAUGUCAAUAAAAGGUGUAUUACAAUCCUUCAAUAAAAAUGAGUUUUCACUUUCUUUUUCCUCAGAGACAUUUCAAGGGUAAGUAUUAUCUCUGUACAUUUUAUUUCUUACAUUUUAAAGACAGAAUCUCACUAUGCUUGGGCUGGUGUAUGGUCUUUGAGAUGAUAUUGCCAGGAUCUUCCAGCAACAUCAGCUUCAGUAGAUCCUCAAUAUUUUACA